AUGGAGAAAGCCCCUCAAAACUUCCACUUUAAUGAAGUACUUUUGAGUUCUCAACGUCUUAAAACAUUUCAAAGUUUUCAAGUAGAAAUAAAAUUUCGAAAAAGAAGAAGUCAAUCAUUCUCAGGUGUACAAAGUUUAGUUAGUAAUUCUAUUCAAAUUUCAUGUCAAUGCGUUGAAAUAUUCAAAUUGAAAGUCAAGCACAUGACGAGACUAGCAAAGUUUUUUAUGGUUGAUGUCAUACUUAGGUCGCAACAAAGCAUCCUUAUACCAAAUGAAAGUUGA